AUAAAUUAGUAGCUCAUACACCGAAUAUGCCUAGGAUAGAUAAGCUGUAUCACUAAUUGAUAAAAUAUUGGUCCACUUUCAGUACUGUAUUUACUUGGUUAUCAGAAUGUGGUUUUACACUAUUUUUAUUCUAAUCUUUUCAAGCCAAUAUGUUGUCGGCCAAUUUGGAUCGUUCAAACAAGACUUUGGAUAUGUGACUGUAAGAGAAGGCGCCCAUAUGUUCUACUGGUUGUUUUACACCACUGCUGAUGUACCAAAUUACACCGAUAGACCCCUAGUCGUAUGGCUACAAGGGGGCCCAGGCGGGUCCUCUACGGGCAUAGGUAAUUUCGAAAUAUUAGGUCCAUUGGACCUAUCGUUGCAGGAAAGAAAUUAUACUUGGGUCAAAAACUUCAAUGUUCUCUUUGUUGACAAUCCUGUAGGCACUGGUUUUAGUUAUGUCGAUGACUUUCAACAUCUAACUACUACUAACGAUGAAAUAGCUCUAGACUUUGUGAACCUUAUGCGUGGAUUCUACAACGAUCAACCGGAAUUCCGAGGAGUACCACUUUAUAUUUACGGCCAAUCGUACGGAGGAAAAAUGGCGAUUGAUAUGGGCAUACGUAUGCAUGAGGCGGAGCAAGCUGGUACGAUUGGUUCUAACUUGAAGGGAAUUGCGAUGGGCAAUGCGUGGAUAUCCCCAGUAGACGCUACUCUCACAUGGGGCCCUCUGCUUCUAGCAGCUGGUCUUGUCGACCAAGACGGGCAUGAUGAAAUUCAGACUCAAGCCAGGGAGGCUGAGCGUCUGUUCAAUGAAGGAUUAUACGUACAAUCUACUGCGCAAUGGGCAGCAACACAACAAGCAGUAUUUAGGGGCACCACCAGUGUAGAUUUUUAUAAUAUACUCACAAAAAUGCCUGUUUCUAAUUCUAUACCAGAUACAAGUGAUGGAGCUUAUGAAUUCGCAAAGAAUAUGAUGAUCCGAAAUGGUAUUUCGGAACCUUCCUCGGAGACAAGACAAGAAGAGUACAAUCUCAGUGUUUUAAUGAACACUUUAGUUAAAGAAGCAUUAAAUAUCCCAGAGCAUGUGAUCUGGGGCAGGCAAUCUGGUGCAGUCUUCGAUUAUUUAAGAGGAGACUUUAUGAAACCUGUUACCGCUGGGAUUGAGAAGUUGCUGACCGAAACGGAUAUUAUUUUGACGAAAUAUAAUGGAAAUCUUGACUUGAUUUGCGAUACUCCAGGGCAAAUACUUUGGGUAGAUCGCCUUCAAUGGCCUGGGGCUGAGGGCUACAAGAAUGCACCACGUCUGCCUAUUUGGGAAAACGAUAAGCUGGAAGGUUACUACAAGUCUUACGGAAACUUUAGAUUCUUCUGGAUAAAUGUCGCUGGUCACAGUGUACCGAGAGAUAAUCCAGCUGGAACCAACGCGUUCCUUCGCGACAUGACCUCGUUUGGAUAAGGACUAUACAAUGUAAAUUAAUGAAUUUCUAAAUAAGUUUGUAAAAAAUAAUAUACUUAUUCUCAUAAUAAA